UCUGCAUUUUCUGAACAAAGCUCAAAGACUGCAUCAAUGAACAUCAUCAACCCAUGUCUCAAGAAAGAUGGUUUUGGGCCCAUCACUAACCCUCUAAAGUUCCUCAAACAAGACUUCCAGCAGCUGAAAAACAACUGUCUCAUCCAACGCUUGAGGUACACCGAUGAGAUGUUCCCACCUGACAGGAACUCCAUCGGCGAAGGGUUACUGACCCCUGCUGACUUGGCCCGAGUGGUGUGGCUAAGACCAGCGAAACUUGUUCCCAACCCAUCUCUUGUUGUUGAUGGGGUCUCCAGAUUUGACUUUGGUCAAGGCUUGGUUGGAAACUGUUGGUUUCUUGCGGCUAUCGGGGCUCUGACAUUCCAGAAUGACAUCCUUGAGCAAGUUGUUCCUCGCGAGCAAAAAUUUGAUGAGGACUACUGUGGGCUGUUCCACUUCAGGUUCUGGAGAUUUGGAAGGUGGGUGGAUGUUGUCAUUGAUGACAAGCUACCAACAAUCAAUGGCAGACUAAUCUUUGUUCACUCCAAAGACCCAACUGAGUUCUGGCCUGCUUUGCUGGAGAAAGCUUAUGCGAAAGUGUGCGGUUCCUACUUAGACAUGAAUGCUGGAACUCCAGCUGAGGCUUUGGUGGACUUCACUGGUGGUGUUCACAUAAACCUCCAUCUGUCAGACCGUCCUCCAAAUCUGUGGGAAAUGAUGUGCAGAGCUUGCCAAUCCAAGUCACUGAUGGGAUGUGGUACACCACAGGGGGAGACAAUUGACAACAUUGUACUACAAAAUGGAUUGGUCCAAGGCCAUGCCUACAGUGUUACAGGUGUGAAACAGAUCACAAGUCGGGGGCAGCUAGUACACCUGGUCCGUUUGUGGAACCCCUGGGGCAAAGGAGAGUGGAACGGAGACUGGAGUGAUCGGUCGCCUUUGUGGAAAACUGUGAGUCCUCAAGAUCGUGAAAUGUGCCUUUCUGUGAUUGACAAUGGGGAGUUUUGGAUGACCCUGGAAGACUUCUGUAAGUUCUACACGGAUCUUGACAUCUGCUGCCUGUGUCCCGACUUCCUUGAUGGAAGUUCUUCUUGCCAUUGGAAGACCUCCUUCUACGAGGGCGCUUGGGUGGCAGGAACCACGGCUGGAGGAUGCAUGAAAAACCUCGAGAGCUUCUGGACUAAUCCACAGCAUCGGGUCAAGAUUGACAAACUACUCAGUGAAUGUUCUACGAAACAGGGUGAAAAAAACAUGCUGGUGUCUCUCAUGCAAAAGCCUAACAAGAGGAACAGGCGUCUUGUCCAAAAUCUUCACAUUGGAUUCUCUGUAUUUGAGGUGACCAAAGAAUACGAGGCACAGAGGGGGAAGUUCCCAGCCUCUUUCUUCAGCAGAUACAAACCUGUUGCCCAAACUAAAACCUACAUGAAUGCACGUGCAGUGAUGGCGUUCAUAAUGCUGACACCAGGCGAGUACCUGAUUGUGCCGUCCACCUUCAAACCCAACGAGACAGCCUCCUUCAUCCUGACCAUUCUCUCCAAGGCAGAGACCCAUGUCCAAGAGCAUUCUGGUGGCCUUAUGGAAGUAGAUGGAAGAUCUGUGCAAGGAAAGAGGAUCAGCAAGGACAUGCGGAGUUUAAUGGAUUCAUAACAAUGGAGAGCUUCAUUAUUCUAGUCCUUCACUUCAACUGCAUGAACUUGGAUGUACCUUUUGAUGUGCACUUAACCUGACACAGGAGAUGAACUGCAGGAUUCACAUGGAAUUAUUUAAAUUAAUUAAUAAACUCAGCAGAUGAUGAGUUUAUUGGUGGUAUGAAAAAACAAUGCAUUUACCUCUGGCUUUGUUAAUGGAAGGUGUUAAAGAAGAAAUAAAGUUAGCCGGGUGUCGGGUGUGAUGAAGUUGUUCUCUGAGACUCAUGAUGAAUUACACAGCCAAAUCUCAAGAAACCUUUUUUAGUCCACAAUUUAUCUCUCGUCUUAAUGUCUCUAGUAUUUUUCCUACCAGAUCAACUUUAACUGGCCUAAAUCUGAACAGCCAAUCUACUGAUGUUUAGACUCCAAUGCCUUACCUGCCUCUAUUUGCCCUGUAAUCUAUGGAGACAGUGAAUUGUAUAAACAUGUAAGACUCCAAGAAAACCCUGUUAUCUACUAAACUGGUGGCCCAGCUACAGUUUCUCCCUAUCAGCCAGCUGUCAUCACCUUGACAAGGAGAGAGACAGAGGCAAAGAGCUAUGGCUGAGAAGUUCAGUGAGCCUCUAUUUCUGGGCUCUGCUAUUGACCUCAUGCGUGACUUUUACCUAAGCCCUAUCUCUCUUACCUGUCACCUGAAUUAAGCCUAAUCAGAAAGUUCCCCCAAAGAAGGGGUGUAUGUAAUUGCCUUCUCCUAAAGUCCUCUUUCCUGUGUCUCUCUCUUCCCCACUGCAUAGUAGAGUGGCAGAACAAAUGGAAGGAAAAUUCACAGUUUAGCAGACGCAUGCCACUAAUUUUGAAAUGGCAAUUUGCAACUUUGCUUACCUGUUACAGACAGUACAGCUAAUGUAGGAAUAUACUCUAUGCCAUGACAUGUAGCUAAUAUAUUUUACCAUUUUAAGUUUCCAUGUUAUGGUUAAAUGUACCUCAUUUUAUGUGAAUUAGGGAUACUGUAUUUUCUGUUUUAUUGUUAGGUGGGAAUAAUUUUUUUAGCCAUGCUAGCAUCAGUCAGUCUACCACUUUGGUCGAAUUGAAGUAUCUCAACAACUAUUGGAUGGACUGCAAAGAAAUUUUGUACAAGUAAGUUUAAUGCAUUUUAGUUUUUUCGGUGGGAAUAAGGCUUUUGUAUUCUAGAAAAUAAAGACAUCCAAACAGUA